AGAUAUCGCGGCCAUGAAGCAGCGCGUGCAAGAAAUGGAAGCGGAAGCGGCCAAGCUUCGCGAGAUGCAGGCGUCGCUGGACGCGCAAAACCGAGACCUGCGCGAGAGCAAGGAGGACAUCGACGCGCGCAGCGUGUUCGUGGGGAACGUGGACUACGGCGCGUCGCCCGAGGAGAUCCAGGCGCACUUCCAGAGCUGCGGGCCGAUCAACCGGGUCACUAUCUUGCUGGAUAAGUUCACGGGACAUCCAAAGGGGUCAGUCAACGCACCAAGAGUCGGACUUUCUUUCUACACAUAAACCGCACGUGUUUCUGCCUGUUUUUCAAGACGUUUCUAUCGGGGUGUUUUCGACAUGGGUGGUCUUGAUGGAUCUACCCACACCUCCCUCGGUACCUUGUCUUUGAAGUCAUGACCUAUAGAAUUUGAAGAGAAAGACCCCUCGCUACCUGGCAAGAGUUUGGCAGCAAGAGGCGGAACGCUAAUGGGGGCGUUGCAGGUAUGCGUAUGUGGAGUUCACCGAACCGAGCUACGUCACCAACGCUCUGGUGAUGAACGAAAGCGUGUUCCGAGAGCGAAAUCUCAAGGUUGUUCCAAAGCGGACAAAUCUUCCGGGCCUGACCCGAGGCGGCCGUGGAGGUCGAGGCGGGCCGCGUGGUGGGCGAGGAGGCUCCAGGGGUGGCUAUGGUGCUCCAUCGUAUCGCGGAGG